AGACAAGCACAACUUUCAUAUACAUUUAACUUUCAUAAUUCCUCAUAAAAAUCACUAAGAUGGCCAGGAAGUGGCUUAAAAUGGCAGCAAUGGCAAGAAAGAUCUCCUCACCAAGAGCCGAUGAUCACGCUGAUUUCAGUGCAUGCAGCACAUCAUCUAUUGCGGAAAAAGGCCAUUUCAAUGUGUACACUUUGGAAGGGAAGCGGUUUAUGAUUCCCUUGGCAUACCUGAACAAUGUUGUUUUCAAGGAGCUCUUGAAGAUAUCUGAAGAAGAAUUCGGAUUGCCAGGUGAUGGUCCAAUUACAUUGCCUUGUGACGCCAUAGCCAUGGAGUAUGUCCUUUCCAUGCUGAGCAGAGGAGUUUCUCAAGAAGUGGAGAAGGCAUUGCUUAGCUCCAUUUUCAUUACUUGCCCAUCCACAUGCUCUACUUUUUCUGUACAAAAUACUCAACAACACCCAACAAUAUGCAGUUUCUGAAUUCUCAGCAUUCUUAUUGUAAUCUCACAGCUUCCCACUUGUACAUUCUUACAGUUUUGUGAUACUGAAAAUUUUUACAAAUUUCA